CACAUUUGACAAAUGUUUUCUUAGCCAAAUCACUCCACAGUCCCGCCUUUCUCCAGUGACCAUAUAAGUCCAACGUAACUGUCCACUCAUUCGUGUGACCCGACUGCAGGAUUAGGAGAGUAGCCUACAACAAGUGAAAUGGCUUCCAGUUGCUCAGGAUGUGGACCUGGCUACAAGACCCCAUUGGAUGCCAUGAAGGGACCACGGGAAAAGAUUGUUUAUUUGCCUUGUAUAUACCGCAAUACGGACAUACUGAAGCCUGACUACCUUGCAACUGUGGAUGUGGACCCAAAAUCACCAAGUUUUUGUAAGGUGAUUCACAGGUUACCCAUGCCUAACCUGAAGGAUGAGCUCCACCACUCUGGCUGGAAUGCCUGCAGCAGCUGCUUCGGGGACGCAUCCAGGAAACGUAACCGCCUCAUUCUACCCUCCCUGAUCUCCUCCCGGAUCUAUGUGGUGGAUGUGGGGACGGACCCUCUCGCUCCGCGCCUUCACAAGAUGGUGGAGCCCACAGAGCUCUUCUGGAAGUGUGAUUUGGCUAAUCCACACACGGCACACUGUCUGGGCAAUGGGCAAAUCAUGAUCAGUACCAUGGGAGAUCCUUCAGGGAAUGGCAAAGGGGGCUUUGUUCUGUUGGACGGAGAAACAUUUGAAGUGGUCGGCAACUGGGAAUUACCUGGCGAUGCAGCACCCAUGGGCUAUGACUUCUGGUAUCAACCACGGCACAACGUAAUGAUGAGCACAGAAUGGGGAGCGCCCAAAGCGCUGGCCCGUGGCUUUGACCCUGCAGAUGUUAAAGCUGGUCUGUAUGGGCAGCGCAUCAACGUCUGGGACUGGACCACUCACAAGCGUGUGCAGACCCUCGACCUAGGGGAAGAGGGUGCCAUCCCCCUGGAGAUCCGUUUCCUGCAUGACCCAGCUGCAGCCGAAGGCUACGUGGGCUGUGCUCUCAACGGCACUGUGUUCCGCUUCUACAAGACCCCGAAAGGGGACUGGGCAGCGGAAAGGGUCAUCAAGGUCCCAAACAAAAAAGUGCAGGGUUGGGUACUGCCAGAGAUGCCAAGUCUAAUCACAGAUAUCCUGAUCUCCUUGGAUGACCGGUUCCUCUACUUCAGUAACUGGUUGCAUGGUGACAUUCGGCAAUAUGACAUUACUGACCGGAGACAUCCACGACUCGCUGGCCAGGUGUUUCUGGGUGGCAGUAUUAUAAGUGAUGGCCCUGUGAAAGUCCUGGAAGACAAAGAGCUAAAGUCCCAGCCACCCCAACGCAUUAUCAAGGGGAAGAGGAUUCAAGGAAGUCCACAGAUGCUCCAACUGAGUCUGGACGGGAAGAGGCUGUAUGUCACUACUUCUCUAUACAGUGCCUGGGACAAGCAGUUCUAUCCUGAGCUAGUCAAGGAGGGCUCCGUUAUGAUGCAAAUUGAUGUGGACACAGUAAAGGGCGGCCUUAAGCUGAAUGAGGACUUCCUGGUGGACUUUGGAGCAGAACCUGAUGGUCCAGUCUUGGCCCAUGAGCUCCGAUACCCUGGUGGAGACUGCACCUCAGACAUCUGGCUGUAGUGCGAGUAAUCACAUCAGAUAGGGGGUGCUCUUCACUCUGCUAACGAAAAUGUUCCUCUGUGAAGGAUUAGGGAGGGAAACACGCAAAGGUGGACAGUAUACUAAGGACCAAAUUUAAAAGUAUAUGCUGUGUAGAUUUGUGUUACUUGUCUUUGUAAAUGCUUUAACUUUUUUUAACUUUAACUGCUAGCACAGAGAAAAGCUCCCCAAAUGGCCUUUCUUCUGUGGGAGCUGUUCUUCAUUGCUGUCAGUAGACCAGUCAUUCUUUAUACUUUAUAUCAGUACAGUAGAGCAUUAAGAAAUAAGAUGACGGAAUACUGAAUAAUAUUUUGUGCCAUGAAUGUAACAUUGUAUUGAUCAUAAUUAAUUGCUACUGACACUUGCAAAUGUACUAAUGAAUCAUGCUAACUAGAAAAAUAGUUAAACACUUUGUUGUACCAUGUAAAAAUCAUUACUGUAAAAAAAAAAAAAAUUGAAUAAAUGUUACCGUUGUUUUUCAA